AAAUGUCAUUAAUGUCAAAUUUCACAUUCGCAGCGAGUGAUUCGCUAUCUUUUCGUUAAGUAUUAUGGCGAUAUAUUUCAUACAAUUUGUAAUUACAAAAUAGAAAUUUUUAUUUUAGUGUUCUGAUCAAGUUUGUUAACUUGGUGAUUAAGAGUGAUACAAACUCGUACCGAGAAUGAGCAAAUUAAAUCCACUAGGACUUUUAGUAAAUUAUGGUGACUCGGAUGAGGAUAUAGAUGAUGGAUCACCAUUAUCUUCUAAACAUAAUGAUUAUGCGACUAGAAAAACACCAGCGGCUUAUCCGAGCUACGAAGCCAGUUACCAAGCAACGAACAUCCCUGCCGGUAUUCAUCCGGCUCCCAUACCGCACUGUCCAUGGUCUGCAUGUUAUGAUGAAAACAGCGGAUUCACAUAUUACUGGAACCAGCAAACAAAUGCAGUUACAUGGGAAGCUCCACCAGAGUAUAUGCUUGCUCUCAAAUUAGCACAACAGCAGUUACAUAUAUCAGGUUCAACAGAAGUAUCAGCUGAGGAAUGGCAACUUUACCAGCAAGCACUAGCUGAGAAACAAAAUUCACAUAAUAAGGUUAUUGCGAAGACUGCUGUUAAUACUACAAAGAAACCAGAGAAGGGACCAAAGGAAAAAAAUUCCAAGACUCUCAAGAAAAGGGCUGCUAGCGAUGACGAGGAUGAGAAAAUCGAACUCAUCACUUCCUACCAUAACUCUGACUCAGAAUCCAAUGAUGAAUCAGAGAAGACUCCACCAGCCAAGCCACCUCUACCAAAACCACCGAACAAGUUACCGAAGCAUCCACAGAAGAAACAAAAAACGAAACCUCAAGUAGAAUUUGGUCCACCAUUACCACCAAACCAAAAUUACACGGUUCCUAUUGGUCCAGAAUUACCGACAGUAUUGCCAAAAGAAAGUAAACCCAAAUCACCAGAAAAAGUGGUUGAUAUUAUAUUUAAACAAAUUGCUCCACAAACAUCAAAAACCAACGACGAUGACGUUCAAGACGAAAAAUGUCUACUGCAAAAACUGAGAGACAAGGCUAAAUUAUUGGAAAAACUCGGCGGUGAGCUACCUUCCGACAUACAGAAAAUUAUAAAAGACGAUACUAAAUCUAGCAAUGUUUCCCCAAGGGGUGAAUCUAAUGCCGCUGAACUCGACAUUGAUGAUUUGUUAGAAGAAAUCGAAAAGACAGAAUUGCCUAAAGUUGUUAAAUCGAAAGAUAAAAUUAAUGAAAGGCAACAAUCGAAACGGAACAGUAUAACAAAUUCGCCUAAAAGCGGCGACAGAACACCAUCAAUAGAAGAUCUGAAUGCACAUUUUGCGAACACAAAUGGACCAUUGACCUCAUUGUUUCCAAGCGCUGUAAAUAUAGAUGAAAGUAAACUGGAUAUCAAACCAGAGCCUCCAGUUAUCGUAGAAAAGGAAAAAAAAGAAAAUCUGUACUUAAUGAAAUCAGAUGUACCGUUAGAAAAUAUUGGUAAAAAGAAGUUGAGGAUAUCAAAUUCAGUAUUGCCAGAGCGUAAAAAGGAAAAGUUUGAAUUACCAGUCUACACCACGAAAUAUUCCCAAUUUAUUGAAGGGUUCUCGAAUGAAAGAACAGGUUUGGGUUUCACUAAAGAAGAAGAUAGUGAAAGUAGUCCAAAGAAUACGAUAAAUUAUGGCAACGGUCUAACAUUUACUAAAGGAGAAACUUUGAACGAGGAAAAAAAAGAUGAAGAUUUAGACGAUUUGACUGAUCUAGUGGAGGCCAAGUUGAAGUUUCUUAAUCAGUUGCAGCCGUGCGUGUUGUCGCCGCUGCAGGAAAUGUUGAUCCAGAUGCAGACGCUGGUGUCGGCGUUCCGCGCGGGCGCGCUGUCGGGCGCGUACUGGCGGCGCUGGGCGCGCGGCGCGGAGGGCGCGCUGGCGCAGCACGAGGCGGCCGCCGCGCCGCCCGGCUGGCUCUGCGUCUUCCAGAGGUCUGAGGGGCGGUACUGCUACCGUCGAGAGUCGGACGGGUUCGUGCAGUACGAAUACCCAGCUGUCGCCAAUACAGACAUGGAUAUAUGUACCACACCGCCUCACCCCAGUACGGAACCGAAGCAGGAGGUGAACCCUCCACCGCCGCCCCCAUCCCCACCGCGCUGUUGGCGCAGCACCCCACCGCCGCCCGGCACCGACCCAGGGCCGCCGGAGGCCCCUUCGCCGCCACGGAUCCAAGAACCAAAGAAAGAAAUAGGCGAUGAACUGCAAUCGUUCUACAACGAUAUAGCGGAGCUGGAGAAAACUUCGGGCUCAACGGAACCAAACUCACCCGAACCGCCGCCGCCGCCAGAGAUCAGCGACAAAACUAAGGAUAAAGAAAACAAAGUGGCCAGAAAGAAGUCGAAGAUGAAGGUAUCGUCGUCAUUGGGAAUGAAACACAAAUCCGUAUCGACACUGGUUGCGAAAUGGCAGCAGGUUGCUGAUGAAAUAAACUCCGACUGAGUUUUUAAAUCAAUUGUAUAUAUUUGUAUAGUAAUAAAAUAUUUUUGUUGCUCUAUGACUACCAAAAAGCUAAUUUCCAAAAAAUCCGUUUUUUCUUAAUGACAAUUUAAUAUUUACACAUAGCAACAUUAAAUACCAUAGAUGUUUGAUUUUCAGGAUGCUAGUAUUGCCUUAAAUAGAUUUUAAUCCGAAAUAUUUAUUGAAUAUAUAAUAGCAAGUUUACAUACAUUUUAUAUUGUACAUACUAGUUAUAUUUUUUACUAAACUUUAAAUGAAAUAAAAUUU